AAAACGAUCUUCAAUCAGAAACACAAACCCAACCGAUUGAAAAAUUUGGAAAAGAUCAAAACGAAAAGAAAGAAAUUAAAGCGAGAAAAAUGGUGAACAUGCCAGUGCUGCUGAUGGGCUGCGGCGGGGUUGGCCGCCAGCUCCUCCACCACAUCGUCUCCUGCCGUACCUUCCAUUCCAAACAGGGGGUGAGGCUGAGGGUGGUGGGAGUGUGCGACAGUAAAUCCAUGCUGGUCAAAACUGAUUUUCUAAUUUCCGAAUUGGAUGAUGAGUUUUUGCUGCGACUUCGCGAAGUCAAGUCCAGUGGAUCUUCUUUUUCGGAGCUUGCUGAUUUUGGUGAGUGUGAAGUGGUUUUGGGUCAACAAAUCGAGAGGAAAAUCAUGGAUGUUGCUGCUACACUUAGUAAAUCUAGUGGAUUGGUGGUUGUUGACUGCUCAGCCAGCUCUGAAACUAUUUCGUUGUUGAAUCAAGUUGUGAGUUUAUAUUGUUGCGUGGUUCUGGCAAACAAGAAGCCUCUUACAUCUCCACUGGAACAUUAUGACAAGCUGGUCUCACGACAUAGGCGGAUUAGACACGAGUCAACCGUAAGUGUUAUUGAGUCCUUUGUUUCACGAGCAUUGAUUUUAUACGAUGAAAAUGAAAUGCCUUAUCAGCAGGUUGGUGCUGGUCUUCCAGUCAUCUCAACUAUAAAUCGUAUCCUUUCAUCAGGAGACCCUAUCUCCCGCAUUCUGGGAAGUUUAAGUGGUACGCUGGGCUAUGUGAUGAGUGAGGUUGAAAGUGGAAGGCCCUUUAGCCAAGUAGUCAAUGCUGCAAAACACCUCGGAUACACUGAACCUGACCCACGGGAUGAUCUCAGUGGGAUGGAUGUAGCUAGAAAGGUAUGUACAUUUUAUCUACUGAAUUUUGUAGAGUUCCUGCCUAAACCUUUCGAUUUUAAGGCGCUGAUCCUAGCUCGACUUCUUGGGCACCGCAUCAACUUGGACAGUAUUAAGGUCGAAAGCUUGUUCCCUGUGGACAUGGGACCUGAUGUGAUGCCACUGGAAGAAUUUUUAUUGAAUGGGCUUCCAUUGAUUGAUAAAGAUAUCCAAAAACGGGUAGAUAAUGCUGGUUCAAAAGGAAAUGUUUUGCGUUAUGUUUGUUUGAUUGAGAAGUCCAGGUGUGAAGUCGGCAUACAAGAAGUCGCAAAGGAUUCAGCCCUCGGUAGAUUGAAGGGGAGUGAUAAUGUGCUAGAGAUAUACAGCCGGUGCUAUAAAGAGCAGCCACUGGUGAUUCAAGGUGCUGGGGCAGGCAAUGACACUACUGCUGCUGGUGUUCUUGCUGAUAUACUCGAUUUACAGGACCUUUUUCAACACUGAACUUUUUCUGGGCACAUAAAUGGUUUUUUCUCCCCCUUUUUUGUGUGUUUGGGAGGUCAGGGGGUUAGUUAACACUUACGUAAAUGCUUCAGAUUGGCAAGUCUAUUGAGCAAUCUUUCACAAGUUUCUUCUCAUCAACUCUGUCUUGUAGCGAGAUAAUAUUUACGGUAAUUUUCUUCACCGAAUUUCAUGUAUAUAUCUG